AUGAAUGAUCCUUCUUCAUCAACAGAAAGUGUUCAUACAUCUGCUUGUUGUUCAUCAUCGUCAACCCCACCGAUGCCAAUGUUAACAACCGAUGAUUAUCUCGAUGGUCUACACUGCGUUCAUGAAGCGCAAAAAGUCAAUGCAUCACCUGAAGAAAUCAUGUUCAAACUACGUCUUUAUCUCGAAGACAAAGUUGGUGGAAAAAAUAUUCUUCAUAUGAUAUUAACACUCAUCCGACGAGAACAAAUCGUUGAUUUCAAUAAUCAUAAAGAAUUUGAAUAUUGUACAAGUUUACUACCACUUUUUAUGGUCCUUAUCUGUUUGGAAAAUUCACUGCUUGAACAAAGAUAA